CUGCACCGCUAGUCAUCUUCCGUUCGCUCGACCGUAAAUAAGCCAAUCGCAGAUCCGCGCAGCUAAAGCAAAAUAUCUUUCGAACGUCGGUCUUUCACAUCUUAGAGGCAAGGAGAAGCAUUUCGGGUGGAAAAUUUCUCGAAGUGCAGGAACGAGCAAACCCGUGAGAAGAAGCGUAAACUGAGCUGUGAUUUUUUUUUACUUUUUUGUUUUACAAAAGUCAAAAGAUAUACGAGUACUUCUCGAAAUUGGGGCUGUGCAGUGCAGUGUAGCUUCAAAGGGAAAGUUGAAUAAAUAAGUGAACAGCAGUUCUCGCUUGAAGCGACGAAGGAACUGAGACCGGCAAUUUCAAAGGUUGUCGUCGUCGUCGAGUGGAGAAACAAGCGAAAAACUAGAGAAAAGUCCUUCAGAACUGGCCCGAUUCUUUUCCGGUAUAUGCUUUAUCAUUAGGAACCGUAGUGCAAAGGUGGAAUUUAUGCUGCCGGGUACGCUCUGUGAGCGAAAUUAAACUGCAGAAGAAGUAUUUUUGGUGCUCAGUCCCAACGUGUGAACGAAAAAGUCUGUGAACAAUCUACAUAAGUACCUACCAUACGAACAUCGAAAUUCAACCAAAAGGUUAAGUUACGUGUACGCAGUUAAUCAGAGGAGACGCCGAACAAAAAGUGACUCAUCGAGAGUUGGUGCACAACGAAAAACAGACGAAUUCUCCCGAGUUUCACACGCCAAGCAAGAAAUGAAAAAUGGAGCAAUUUGAACAACUUUUAACGUGUUGCGUGUGUCUGGAUAGAUACCGCAAUCCGAAGCUUUUACCAUGUCAGCACUCGUUCUGCAUGGAGCCGUGCAUGGACGGCCUCAUCGACUACGUGAAGCGACAGGUAAAAUGUCCAGAAUGUCGAGCAGAACACCGCAUUCCCUACCAGGGUGUGCAGGGCUUCCCGACCAACGUCACGCUGCAACGCUUCCUGGAGCUGCACAUCGAGAUCACUGGCGAACUGCCGGAUCCGACGUCUGGCCAAGUGAUGGAGCGGUGCAACGUGUGCUCGGAGAAAGCCUACUGCGCGCCGUGCGUUCACUGCGACAAGAAGAUCUGCCCGGACUGUAAGGGGGCCCACAUGGACAUCCUGCGGCGGGAAAUCAACCGCAUCAACAACCAAAUUCGGCGCGGCUUGCACCGGUUGAAGGAGGUCCUUGCGGUGGUCGAGAAGAAUGCGCAGAACCUGCAGAACAACUGCGGCAGCGUGUCGGAGGAAAUCGACGAGAUCUCUCGCCGGCUGCAGAAGGCACUCAAGGACCGAACGGACUUCCUGCGCGGUGAAAUGGACAAGUACAUCUCGACGGAGCUGAAGAACGUGAUUAACAUGAAGGAGAACUUGGAGUUGGAGAUCGCCAACAUCCAGAGCAACUCCGAUCUGGCCGAGAAGUUCAUGAACGAAGGAACGGUCGAGUGGGAUGACUGCGAACUGAUGGAUACGAAGGAGAUAUUCUUGCGGACGGUGGAUUUCAUUAGAAAUUUUGACUGCGAAACCAUGGACUACAGCAGGAAGGUCCGAUUCAUCAUGAACAUCGAUCCGAACAAGCUGAUCAUGGAGGUUUCAUCGUACGGAGACCUGAAGCUACCGACGGAUACGUCCGGGGCAAGUCAGAGUCAAAGUAUGCUUCUGCAGCCUCCGUCUGGACCGGGAUUGAUGCGAUCGAAGAGUGAUCAUCGGUUGGCAGCUCAGUUCCGUCAGCAGGAAGCUCAAGGUUGGAAUCCAGACGAUGAACCGCUUCUUGGUGGACGUAAAUUUGGAGAACGACCGAUCAAACCUGUUCAGGAGAAAGAGAAGUACGGAAAUGAAUCUCGGUAUGGUCGUGGCAACGAUUACGACUACGAUGAUGAGCCGUCGACUAGGUCAAAGGGUCGGUUCCGAUCAAGGUUUGCUCGCAGCCACCAGCUAGACAAUGACUCUGACAACGAGUCCAAACAGGUCCGUUUCAAUGAGAAGGAAGACAACAAGUCGAACAAGGUCUCCAGCACUGAAGACGUUGCCAAGGGUCCGCUGAGUGGAAUCUUCCGUCUAAUGGAUUCUCCACGAGUGAUGAAGCGUUUGCAGGAUUCGGAGAAGGGGAAAACCAAAAAGGCCGCCCCAGCUCCAACUCCGGCUAUGCCGAAACCUGUGACCCCUGUUUCCGUGAAACCCAAAGUAACGACAGCCAGACAGCUUUCUGAAGAUGAUGAAAUAGCCAAGAUCAAGAGGCAAAACAAGGGGGCUUCGACGAGUUCAACGACUACGACAACUCCCACUCCCGUCUCUCCAGUAACCACCGAACCGGAACGUCCAGCUGCCGAGCGAGUGUCCGCACUGAAGGCCCGAGUGACCGCAGCUGCAGCAGCUGCUGCCGCCGCCACCAGCGAUGAAAGUGAUAGUUCACCCGCUUCGCCGACUCGGCGAUCGUCUCCGCAUGUCGAGGCUGAUAGUGACCAAGAUGAUUCGGAACGUUCGAGCCGCUCGCGUCAAUCUUCUGCCGUCAAGGCAGCAACUCCCGCCCCGUCUCAGCAGAAGAAACCGACCCGUUCGGCCAGCAGUGAAUCGAGUGAAUCCAGCGAAUCUUCCAGUGCUUCUCCGGUCCCAACGACGCCAACCCGUGUUGAAGAACCGCCACGACCGAAAGCAUCGAUUCUGAAAAACGCCGAACCGGUUCGCAAUACCGCAUCUCCGACCCCGAACCGAUCGUCACCUACGGAGAAGAAGCCCUUCCAAAGCCGAUUCCUGCCGCAAACUCAAACUCAACAGCCAGAGAAGAAGGAAGAAUCUGAAAGUAGUAGUGAAGAAGAGACCUCUUCGGAAGAAGAAUCCUCCGAAGAAGAAGAGGAAGAGGAGAAGCCCGCGCCCAGACCAACGCCAACGGUUACCUCGUCGGCUUCUUCGCACCGAUCCACUGAGCAGCCCAGUUCUCCUCUGCUGAGUCGCGUGCAAGCCCGGGAAGCUGCAGCGGCUGACACUCGGAAGACCUCCCGCGAAGAAACCCGCCCCAGUGGCUACUCCAGCCCGACCAGCUACCAUCGCAGCACCAGCCACUACGACCGCGACGAGAGUCCCAAGUACGGAUCUCCGUCGUCCACAUCCGCGCUGCGAUCCCGAACGACCGCCCACGUGGAACCGGAACCGGAGAACAAAUACGGCAGCUCUGGAUACACCAGCCGGUUCCUGAACAAGAGCAAGAGCACGGCCGUGGUUGCCGAUGAUGACGCCACCGGAGACGACUCCGAUAGCCGACUGGGCAGCAACCGCAGCCGGUUCAGCGCGUUGGCCGACCGGAGGAAUAGACUGGCCCGCAGCCGCUCGUCACACAACUUCGGCAACGAAGACGAAGAGGACGAACCGGUAUCGCCGACCACCUCGUCACCGUCGGCGUAUCUCGCUUCGAGAUACGGUGCCUCUUCGUCGCUCGCAUCCCAACCGGCCGACCUGUCCCGCAGCCGCUCGACUCACGCUCUCAAAUCCCGAGAACCGUCGCCAGAUCGCAGCACGGGCAGCGAUAAGGACGGAGCCGCCCUCAGCUCGUGGGCCCGCUACCUGAAGAACAAAUACGGCAACCGGUCCACCAAGGACAACAAGGACACAUCCUCCAGCUCGACGCUGUCCGCCACGUCCUCCUCGUUGGCCUCCCCGUCCACAUCUUCAUCCGCAUCGUCUUCGGCAGCCGCCCGACGGCUCAGCCUCGGUUUGCCCCUGCGCCAGACCGACAUCCUCAGCUCCGAUGACGAUUCAAAAAACGGGGUAGGCUCCCCUACCUCUCCUACGGCAACAGCAGUAGUCGGUAUACCAGGGGCAGCAGGUAUGUCCCCUAGGACGCAGUACCUGCAGAAGCGCCGACAGCUGUUCCAGAUAGGAGGUCGGGGGAGCGAACCCGGUUCCUUCACGUGGCCCCGCGGCAUCGCCGUGGGCCCGGACAAUAGCAUCGUGGUCGCGGACUCUUCCAACCAUCGCGUCCAGGUGUUCGAUUCCAACGGUAUCUUCGUGAAAGAGUUUGGCCAGUAUGGCAACGGGGACGGCGAGUUCGACUGCCUGGCCGGCGUCGCCGUGAACCGCAUCGGACAGUUCAUCAUUGCCGAUAGAUACAAUCACCGCAUUCAAGUCCUGGAUCCGGCCGGACGUUUCCUGCGUUCGUUCGGUAGCCAGGGCACGGCCGAUGGCAAGUUCAACUACCCGUGGGGCAUCACCACCGAUGCCCUAGGCUUCAUCUACGUUUGUGAUAAGGAAAAUCAUCGUAUUCAGGUCUUCCAAUCGGACGGUACCUUCAUCGGUAAAUUUGGCAGUGGCGGCAAGGAGGAAGGCCAGCUCGAACAUCCACACUAUAUUGCCGUUUCCAACACGAACCGUGUCAUCGUUUCCGACUCGAACAACCAUCGCAUUCAGAUCUUCGACGUCAACGGUCGCGUUCUGACCACGUUCGGAAACGAAGGCUCCGAUGAAGGGCAGUUCAAGUUCCCAAGGGGCGUCGCCGUCGACGACCAGGGCUACAUUUGUGUGGCCGACUCGGGCAACAAUCGGAUUCAGAUCUUCCACCCGGACGGCAGCUUCCUGCGGGCGUUCGGUUCCUGGGGCUCCGGUGACGCCGAAUUCAAGGGCCUCGAAGGUGUGGCCAUCAUGUCCAAUGGGAACAUCUUGGUGUGCGACCGGGAGAACCAUCGGGUGCAGGUGUUCUAGGGCGCUCGCGUGGUUCGGUUUCCCUCUUUUCUGGAAAACAUCAUCCACUACUACUACUACCACUGUAUGGGAAUGAGAUGGAAAACCGAGAUGGAAUUCUUAACCGAACGGAAAAGUUUAAUGCGUGCUUUAUUCGGAACCAAUUUGCAUAAACUUCUUCUUGGCGGCAAUCGAUGGAAGAAGGACGAAACAUGAGAAGCCCAGGCGCCCAGGGCGGGAAUGCCGUAAUUUCAGGCGUCAGUUGUUCGGAAUUAUUCUUCGGAGUCGUAGCCAUAUCGAUUUCCUAACUUACUUGUUCUAGUCCAAUGAAUGCUAUGGUAAUCAUCUUUCUUAUCUAUUAUUAAUUUUCAGCCCUCUGUCUAUGAGACACAAAUUAUGUUGAUGUUGUUUUGCGAUUUUACGCCGAUUGGAUCGAAGAUUUUUGUAACGAUACUAAUUGAAUCAAAUGUAGCGAACGAAGUGGAAAAUGAAUUAUGGAAUCUGAAAAUUGAAAAUGUUUUAGAGAAUAUUAAUAAAGAUUUUGAUUUUUGUGUUUGAACAUCCAA